UUCGGACCCUACAUAUGGAGGUAGGGAUUUUCGGCUUUGAUUACGACCAAAUGAUUGGUAAUGAAGACUUCAUGCAAGUUUUUAGUCAUGAAGAAAUCGGCGUCAACGUUGUCAAUACAUAUAUUAGGUUUUUGUAUGACAAAUUGAUGCGCCCCAAUGGUUUGGACGUGUCAUUCGGAUUCUUAGCACCCGCGACCGUCAACUUAGUUUUAAUCUUAAAUAGACCGGAUACCGUGACGGAGUACGUUCUUCGGAUCCUCAUGGACAAUAAAGAUGCGGAGAAGUUGUUUUUUAUACCGUUUAAUACCGGUGGACAUUGGUUGUUGCUCGCAAUCAAUCCUAUCCGAGAAAUUGUGUAUUAUCUUGACUCGUUAGGAAAUGAUUGGACAACAUACCCGGAUAUGAAGGUCCUAAUUGACACCGUCCUACAAGCUUUUCGGGCCCAACGAGUUAUCCAAACCUCAAGGAGGGGUAACCGUCAAAUGCGAGAUGAUCCUUGA